AGUUCUGUAGUCCACAUAACCUCGGGCGUCGUGCCGCCGGGCGGAAAUCUGCGCCUGCGCAGAUUCUGAGUUUGUGUGAGGCGGGAAGCGUGGCUGCUAGAGCGGAGGACGUUGCCAAGAACUGGAGAGAGUUUAGGUUCUGGAGGACAGCUGAGCUGCUCCUUGCAUCUCCCGGUUGAUUCCGGGAACCUCUGCCCGUCAGCCCCUCGCAGAGCGCAGGGACCAUGGCGAGACCCCGGAAGAGGCAGGCUGGAACUGCUAGCUCAGAUAAGAAGGGACUCUCAGGAAAACGUUCCAAAACUUCAAACUCAGAUAAGGCAUAGCCCAAAGAGGAAAACUCUAGCCCUCAGAAGACUUCAGCCUCUAAAACUGGUGGGAACAAUGUAAGCAAGUACUGGCUGAUGAAGUCAGAGCCAGAGAGCCGCCUAGAGAAAGGCGUAGAUGUGAAGUUUGGCAUUGAAGAUCUCAAAGCACAGCCCAAGCAGACAGCAUGUUGGGAUGGUGUUCGAAACUACCAGGCUCGGAACUUCCUGAGAGCCAUGAAGUUGGAGGAAGAAGCCUUUUUCUACCAUAGCAACUGCAAAGAGCCAGGCAUCGUGGGACUCAUGAAGAUUGUAAAGGAGGCUUACCCAGAUCACACGCAGUUUGAGAAAAACAAUCCUCAUUAUGAUCCAUCCAGCAAAGAGGACAACCCCAAAUGGUCCAUGGUGGAUGUACAGUUUGUUCGGAUGAUGAGGCGUUUCAUCUCCCUGGCUGAGCUGAAAACCUAUUACCAGGCUCACAAAACUACUGGUGGCCCCUUAAAAGAUAUGGCUCUCUUCACUCGGCAGAGACUCUCAAUUCAGCCCCUGACCCAAGAAGAGUUUGAUUUUAUUUUGAGCCUGGAGGAAAAGGAACCAAGUUAGCUGAGGCACUGCUGUUGGAAUGGACAAGCUAUUAUACAAAAAAGAGAAAGAAGAAAGCAAGCAAGCAAACAAGCAAGCAAGCAAGAAGAGAGGAAGGAAAGAAGGAGGGAAAGGAAAGCAAGAAGGCAGGCAGGCUUUAAUAAGAGAAAGUUUGCCUGUUGUAUUCACCUGGGAUCAUGCACAAAGGUGGUUUGUUACUUUUUUUCCCCAAUAAAAUGUUUGAUAUCCAA